UGUUUGCUUGAAAGGCCCCCGCAGAUGAACGCACUGACGUAGUAUUGAAAACUGGCCAGGUAACAUUGUUGCUGCAAAUAGGCCAAAUUUCCUCUAUCGCUGGAUUCUUUGUUGGAAUUAUUAAGGAAAACAGUAUCGUUAUAAUGCCUGAACCUGCAGAUAUUAACAGUCCUGAGGUGGCAAAGACACCAGGGGGUGGCAGUGGUUCUGGAAAAGAUGACGGUGUGAUGAAUGGACACAAGGAAGGAGAGCCAAACCCCUUUGCAGAGUACAUGUGGAUGGAAAAUGAGGAGGAGUACAACCGACAGGUGGAAGAAGAGCUUUUGGAGCAAGAGUUUCUGGAGCGCUGUUUCCAGGAAAUGCUGGAGGAGGAGGAUCAGGAUUGGUUCAUUCCUGCGAGAGACCUCCCCCCUGGGGUCGGACAAAUUCAGCAGCAACUCAGCGGGCUGUCGGUCAGUGACGGAAACGCGGAAGACAUUGCACGCAAGAGCAGUUUGAACCCAGAGGCGAAGGAGUUCGUGCCAGGAGUGAAAUACUAGGGACCUACUAAAUAUGGGUUCCCUUAUAGAGACUCUAUGUGACUGCUGAUGGUCAGCAGUCACCCCCACUCAGGCCUCACUUAAAAGUGGGGGGUGUGUGGGGUUGGUGGGGUGGGGCUCGUGGGUGGGGGUGGGGGGUGUUGGAUGCUCUUCUAUAAGCUUUUUAUUUUUGUCUGUCUCCAUAUGUAACCUGGGCAGGGUGCUGGGGAGGGCCAGGUAAUCAGUGUAAAGCUGCCAUUGGACCGCUUCAGAGUGUGACUAGCUAUCCAGAAAGUUGUCUGUGUUUCAAUCUCAGAGAGGCAAUGUGAUCUCCACUAUUGUGAUAGUGACUAGCAGUUUGUCCCUGGACAUUGUUACUAUUUUCUUUCUUUUUUUCCGUUCUUUCUUCUCAUUUAUUUCCCUUUCUGAAGGGAGUUUAGCGGGAGGAAACGUGUCGAGGGGGAGGGAAGCGGGGUGGGGUUGACGCAGCAGAGCAUCGGAAGGUGGACCAGUUCAAGAUGUUUGGAGCUGAUGGCAGCUGACUACCUGUGAGGGAUUUCCACACAUUUUUUUUUUCCUCAGUUGAAGUCCUGUCACUGUGCAAGUUGCAUUAACAAAAAUGAAGAAAAAAAGGAUAUAAUGAAAUAAAAAGAGCAGGUUCCCUCUUUGA